CUGGACCGUCAAGAGUGACUGUUUCGGGCAGGCCAGGUGCUCCGAUCACCGGCUGCCACUCCUCUCCAGGUAGGAGAGGAGCCAGAACGCUACAAGUUCCAGAGAGAGCGAGAUCUCAGCGGGGGGGAGGGUCCAGGACGAUGGAUCCCCCACACUGCUUUGAGGUACUCUCGAAGAAGGAUGAGCUAACAUCUCUGCAGCACUCUCUGAGUCGCUGUUCGGCAUAAGCCCGCCAGGACCCAAGCUUCAGAACCAGAUUUGGCUAAUGGGUAACGAAGGAGGCAGCACGAAAGACCCAAACGGAACAAAUCGAGGGUACAGUCAAGAUGACCCGCUUUGCCAGCCUGCUCUUUUGCCUUCUCGGCAGCCUCCUUUCCAGCUCCUGGGUAGAAGCCCAAACAUCUCGCUGUCCUGCAGGCACUUACUCCUUCACUGAUGGCCAGGAGAAGUUUUGCUAUGAGUUCCAUGAAUAUCUGUUGCCGUUUGAGGAUGCCGAGGCCAUAUGUCAGAACAGGAACGGCGGUCACCUGGCCUCCAUCACGAGCGACACUCAGAUGAGGGAGGUUGGUGGUUACGUGUCUCGGGCGAACCGGGCCAGGAGUGAGGCGUGGAUUGGCCUGCGCCGGAGCCAGAACUCAGACAUGUACCGUAGCUGGCGGUGGACGGAUGGAUCCCCGUUCUCGUACACCAACUGGCUCGGUGGAACUCCCAACAAUAUUGGCGGGCGGCAGAACUGCGUUGUCCUCACCCCUGGAUCAGGGUUUAAGAACUGGGACGAUGCCACCUGCAACUACGGGAGAACUUUUCUCUGCAAGUGGAGAGCAUCUUAGUCCAGGCGCUCCGGGUAUGCAGGGGAAGCUCAGCGCCUACUUGGAAGCAAGUGACACCUGCAAGAGUUCCCUCCUGCACCUUCUGGACAGAGACCUUUCCCCACCUGCACCGUCUCUUCACCAGGGGCCGCCUUGGUCUCCACCUCAGGCAUGCCGAUCCCUUCAGCUCUGCCUGAACGUCACGGGGCUUCCCUUUCCUGCCCUUCUUUGCUUGCUAAUAAAGGUUGCCAGAAGCC